AUGGACGAUUAUAUGCCGUCGCGCUAUCAGCUGCUCGGGCGCAUCGGCGAAGGAGUCCACGGGGUCGUCGUGAAGGCACGGGAUCUGCAGAGCGAUGACAAGAUUGUGGCCAUCAAAAAGCUAUCGCUGCGGACAAAGUUCGGCGUUGUUUGUCUGAACACUGUCCGGGAGAUCCGUGCUCUGCAGCACUGCCGCUGUGACAAUGUGCUGGAGCUGCUGGAUAUGUACCCGGAUCUGGCAGGCAUUUCCCUGGUAUUCGAGUACAUGCCGCACACGCUGUACAGCAAGCUGAAGGAUGAGGAAAACCCACUGUCCAGGGCAACCGUGAGACGAUACAUCGCCAUGCUGCUGCGAGGCUUGGCAUACCUGCACGGGGUACACAUAAUGCACCGGGAUAUUAAGCCGGCCAACCUGCUCAUCGACCGGCACGACGUGCUGAAGAUAGCCGAUUUUGGGCUGGCCCGCAUCUACACCGAUCCGCACCUGCGACCUCCGGAUCGCUCGUACUCACCGCAGGUAGCCACGCGCUGGUACCGUGCGCCCGAAAUACUUUGGGGCUGCCAGAGGUACGGUCCAUCGAUCGACCUGUGGGCUUCUGGGGCCGUCUUGGCCGAGAUGCUCCGCGGCGUCCCGCUGUUUGCCGGCGCCACCGACAUCGAGCAGCUGGCCCUCGUCGUCCGCACGCUCGGCACACCGAACCUGAAGGACUGGCCCGAAGUGCGAAGCCUGCCGGAUUAUAACAAAAUCCGCUUUCCGAACUCGCGCGGCGAGCGGUGGGAGGACAUCUUCCCCAGCUGCACCACGCGGGACGAGAUCGGCCUCGUCGAUGGGUUGGUACGCUAUAAUCCUGCGAAACGUCUUACGGCCGAAGAGGCUUUACUUCAUCCUUACUUCAGCGACGCAGCGAGUGUCGGGGAGUGA